UCUGUCAGUCAUUCUUGAUGUUAUUGAAUAAAGAUUUCAGUUUUAUUUAUUUUAAAAGCCACAAUAAUUAUUUUGCCAACAAAUAAGUUAUAGAAGUGAAUGAUUUUGCAUUGAUUCUGUUUGUUAUAAUUUGAAGAAAAUGAUGAGCCGGUUAUUUAGCAAGAUAUAGUUAUGAAGCAAAGGGACCAAACUUACUUUUGCACGUAUAAUAGCAAUAAAGUUGUUGAUAUCAUUAAGUUGUAAAAUGAACACAGUAUGUCUUAUUUGAGUGCGUCAGAAAAUGUGGGCUUCAGUGGUAUUCCACAAAAUAUAUCAGAGGCAAGUUGUGCUUCUCAGUAUAAGAUGGCAGUUGAGGGUGCCUCCUCGGGGAGCUGUGGUGAAGUGAAUAUGUUCCUACAUGACAACUCUGGUGAUGAACAACCAUACAUUCAUCUCAAUGACAAUUUCUACCCCAAGUUUAAAAUUGAUCCCAACGAGUUAUACACCUUCCAUGAUUCUGAUGUAAUAGCUGGAGAAAUUACUGUCAGCCACACAGAAGAUAAUUUUAUGUUCUCCGAUAGUGUUGAUAUUAAGAGUAAACUGUUAGCAGACAGUCCAAGUAAAGAGCUCGAUCUCAUAGGUGCAUUCACAAAUGGCGAUAUUAAGGAGGAUAUCAAGAAAGAGGUGGUAUCUAAUGGGCACUAUCCACCAGUGGCCAAGCCGAUUGCAAACUAUAAAGACAGUAAGACUACUCAUACCAAAGUUUUGAAAGUUAAAAAUCAGACUCAGAUGAAGGAGCCUCCUAGGUUGGAAUCGUUUAGUGAACCUCGAAGACUAAGUGUUCAUAGUCCUAAGGCGCAAAGCACUGCCACAGCCCCCUCCUUAUGUGCGAAAACCAGUAUUAAUAGUGCUAGUACUACAAAUAAUGCAAAGACUUCUUCAAAGCUGACUUGUGGGAUGGAGACAUUCUUAGAUGUAUUUAAAAGAGAACAAGGUUUAGUGGAGAAUGCAUCUGCUUUUAUAAAAACUGAGCCAUCAGCACAGCCACCAGCUAAGGUUCCAAUGUCUCCUCCGAAGAAAUCUUCAUCUGGUAAGGGUUCUCAAGCGAAGCCGCGGCGCGGUCGAGGGCCGGCGGUGCACGAGGCGUUGCAGCGGAUACCGGCGGCGAGGCGCGCCGUCCCGCUGCCGAACGACACGUGGCACGCGCCCGGCGAGACACUCUUCCACUGCGGCCCGCUCGGAGACAGACCGCUCGCAUUCCGACAGAUCGAGAGCAGCAGCAGUGAUGAUGAUAAUAUGCCAGAUUUUGCAGAAGCAGGUUGCGUGUCAGCAUGCGUGGAAGAGAGUGCCGCUGAGUCUCGCGGCGCGCGACUAGCGCUGCGACGCGCGGCGUUACGGCGCCACGUUGCGCGCGCACACGACGCACUAGCCCUCGCCGCGCAUCAUAAGAAUCAUCGUGCGCUUGCAUCGUUACUCAAGAAACAGCUGAACAGGCCGGGAUCAUCAGGUCGUCUUCCAACGCAGACUGUAAAUCAUCUGCUCGCACUGCGCGGCAUGCCUUCUGUAUUAACCUCGCAAGAACGGAGGAGACUAAGACAAUCGGGCUGGUCUGGCGGCGAGCCGUCGCUGCGCGAGUGCGGCAGUGCGUGGAGCGCGUGGUGCGCGUGGGAGCGCUGCGAGCAGGGCGCGCUGCCGUGCGCGCGGUACUGCCUGGCGCACGUGACGCGCGCGCCCGACCAGCGCCUGUACGCGGCCUGCGGCGCCGUCUUCGCGGGCGGCGCGCGCUGCAACCAGCCUCUCUUGCCGCUGUCCGACCAUACGCCGCUGUGUGCUGAGCAUGCUUGGAAACGGGACAACUACGACAAGCUAGCCCGCGACUGUCGCCCUAAGAAGGUCCCCCGCAAGCGUCCGUCCCCCCCGGUCCCCCGCGGCCCGCGCCGCGCCAAGCGCAGGCGACGACCGCCGGCGAGACUACGCCCGCCUACUGCAGAACCACUCACUGCAGAACAAUCACUCUCCGAGCUGAACGUGUGUUCAAACUCGUCAACGUACGAUAGUUCGGAGGAGGCGGCUAUGGGGGCGCUCAGUGAGAGCGAGUAUGUAACUGUCGCCAGCGAUUCUCAUGAGAUGGAAGUAGAAGUCGGCCACGUACCACCGGACGACAUAUUGGAUCCUGCUGUGCUCAGUCAAAUACCCGAUGAAGCGUUCACGGAGUUUUUCAAUCAAGCGGAAGGCGGAGCAGCAUUCGCGGAGAGUUCAGAGCUGGCUGCGGCAUUAGAAGCAGUGUUGGAUGAGCGGGUAUUGGACGAGCGGGUACUAGACGAGCGGGUACUGGACGAGCGGACACUGGACUCUAUCGCCGACUGUGUGUUCACUCACUCGCCGCACUCGCACUACGCUAAGAACAAGAUGCAGGUCUCCACGUCCCUACCGAUGGAGAUGUCAUCGCGCGUGCCCUCAUAACACAGUAACUUUACACGUCUUACUUUAAGCUAUAAUAAACUCUAUGUACUAUAAACAUUAGGAACAAAUUCGAUAUUCAUAGUCUCAAGAGGUGGAAAUAUUUUUCUUCAUGCUUUAAUUUUUUGUAUGUGUGCAUGUGUAGCGAUGUGUAAGCGAAGAUAUUUGAGUGGUUCGUGAUUCGGAUUGAUGUUUGAUCAGUUUUCGUUACCUUAGAAUCAAUAUUGUGGCUGCAAAUGAAUUUCGACUCAACUCGAUGGUUUAAGGUAGUAAGUAUUAGAAUAUUGAAAUAUGACGUCAUAAACGUAAAGCUGAACACAGUAUUGAUUUUAAAGUUUAUUUCAUCGCCAUUAUUUAAUACAGAGAACAAUUUUGUGUUCAAACAAGUGGCUAGAUUAUCGUCUUAAUGAUUGACUAUUAUAAGGUUCAUAGUUAUUAAUUGUAAUUUUUCAAAACAAUCGUUUUCAAUGAGGUUAAAAAUAUUGUUAAAUAAUAAAACCUCUAUUUCUUUUUCCUUUAAAUAAAGGUUUAUCGUUUUCGUCUACUAGUUGGCGCCACUUGCGCUUUAAGUCCUGUCACUAUAAUCUGUGUCGCGGUCAAAUUGUAUAAAAUUAAUAGACUACUAAUUAAAUGUACUUUAAAUUCUAUAGCAGCGCUCUUAGCGGUGAAAAUUCGUAAAAAAUCGUUUUAUAAAAAUGUGUUCUUGAUCCAUACUGACAGAAGAGAUAAUUUGAUUUAGAAAAGGAAUGAUGAGAAAUAUUAUUAUGUCAAGAAGUUAGUUUUUUUUUCUUAAAACCGAGCUUUUACAGCCCAAGCUUUAUUGCAAUAUGUAUAGACAGCCAAGUUAGGUAUGCAGGUAGGAAAAUAGAGACUGAUUCAGUACAGAUACAAUGCUCUUUAACGAAAUCGUAUCUUUCCUAACUAUUGGUAGACGCUUUCGCCAUACAUACUAUUGAAAGCAAGUAUAACAGCUCACACAUAGGACCCAUUUAGUUUUUAGUGACAUUUUCGAUGGUGUUUCGCGACUGGGCUUCUACCAAUCAUGCAAUCUCUUUUGUGCCUUUAGACUUAAGUCUUCUGCAUAAAUUCACCUAGGGAAGUGAAAACUUUAGUUUUCUUUUCUUAUCCUCUAUUAAUAUCUUCUGAUUUAUUUCGUUGUGGGAACCAAGACAGUUAUUCA